AUGGCAACCUGCACAAGCGUCCCCGUGGCUAUUCCAAAAGAUGGCUCACUGACAAAGACUAUGAUCAAAGAUAUUGUCGGCACGUUUCUCACCAAAGAUUGGCCAAAUGUGGAUCCAAAAACGCUCGUAAUAACAAAAAAUACCGGUUACGCAAACACAAACUGUAUAGUGGAAAGACCGAAGGGUGACACACACACAGAACCUCUCAAGGUGUUCCUCAAAAUCCACGGCGAACUUGAUGGAGAAAUUGAAGUGUUCAAGCACUUGGUUCCCGAUAAGUAUGAAGAGGCACAACUAUGCUAUGAUUACGGUCAAUCAGGUCUUGGUGCCAAGGUCUAUGGUUUCUUUCAGACAAAGAAUGGUUAUUUCGGAAGGGUCGACGAGUUCUUGGAUGCACGCAAUUUGGAGCCAGAAGAUGUGGAAGACGCAAAUAUCCGAGCCGAUGUUGCAAGAGGACAUGCUGUUUUUCACACUAUGGAAACACAACUGAAAAAGAACCCAACUCAGUCAUAUUACGGAACACUCACCAGAGAGCUUGCAAAGUAUCAUAAGAUGGACAAGCUAAAGAGACUAGCCAACGAAGGAGGCGUCAGUAUAGACUAUCUUGUCGACUAUGACUUUGGGUCUAAAAUUAGACGAGUCACAGACAGGCUAGAAUCUAUUGGAGGAAAAAAAGGAUGGUGCAUCCACGAUGUUCAAUUCAUGAACGUGAUGGUGAAAAACAGUCCCAAGCAAGGAGAAAGCAAAAUUGUCCUUGUAGAUUUCGAAUUCGUCUUUCGAAAUUACCGAGCGUUCGACAUUGGUGGGCACUUUUUGCAGAAGAUGUUCAAGUGGUUUGACGAGGAGAGCAGAAUUGCCAACUGCCGACCUUACACAGAAGAGGAGAAGAGACAUUUUUGCGAGGAAUAUGCAAAGCAGUGGAACGAGACGACUGGCGAAUCGGAUACAGGGGAACAGGUUUUUAUGGAAUCUGAGCUGGGGUUCAUGCUGGCUAUCACAUUCGAAAUCCAUAAUAUGCUCUGUUUUAUGGAUCAGGACGAUGAUAAGAACCCGUUGGACCUCUUUGGUCUUAAGAAGCUGUUUGAAGAGUUUGUCAGUCGGUAUAAAAAGCUUGGACUAGGGAGCUAA